AGAUAGAAUAUAAAAGAAAGGGACAUCUCACAAAAUAGCCUUGUUUGUUAAAUACUAGUCAAUUAAUGUGUCUAUAAUAAUUCAACUAUGAAGUCCGCAUUGCUUUUAUUAUUUUUAGCUUCAGCUGCUCUUCAAGUGGAUUUUGCUUUAAGUACAGUAGAAUCAAGAAUAGAACAAUUAAAUGAAUUAUGGUACAGGGCACAUAUUAUAUAUAAAAAUGUGAAAGAAUUUAAAGAAAAUGAGGUGGAUUCCAGAAGAGAUAAGAUCAAUAAUCAGACAAUAUCAUUACUCGAAGAAGUGACAAGUUUAACUCAAACAACACAUAAACAAAUUGAGAAUUUACGGAAUUUUUCGUGUUAUCAGGAAGAGGCCGAUACAUACGCAGCCGAAGAUGAAAAUAUAAAUGUAGAUUUAUGUUUAGAUGCUGCUGUAAAUCAAUUAAAAUAUAUAAUCGUUUACGAUUGUGGUUCCUUUGGAACAUGUCGCAAUCGUUCCGAAGUGGAAAUAAAAACGAUUAUUAAAGAAUUGAUUCAAUAUAUAAAGGUGAUGGAGGAGACAAAAAUGACGAUAAUCUACGUGAGAGAUGUGGCUUGUCAAAAUCUCACUGGUUAUGCUCAAGAAUUAUGUUUAUAUUGUCGAAUUCCACAAAUAGAAGUGCAAGUUGUAACCUAUGAGAAAAAAGUGCAAAGAUUUACAAAAAGAGCAUUAACUAUUAUUGAACAAGUUGUUCAAACUGUUAAUAAAUGUCUCACUGAUUCAAGUGACAAAGCUAAAGAUAAAAUAAAUAAUAUUGUCAAAGAAACCAAAGAAUGCUUUGCCCAACUUUGUAAUAAUUCUACGACUACAGUAGAACCACCAACAACAUCAACAACAACAGAACCCAUAACAGAAACUACAACAAUAUAAAGAGCAAUAAAUUAAGUUACUUGAAAAAAAAAAAAAAAUUAUGAAAAAUAGAUAUUAAAAUUAGAACAAAUGUGAUUUUUUGACUGUUAGGUAGAGAUGAUAAAAUUUUUUAUUUUUUAAAAGUGUUCUUUGAUUAAAAUAAAAAAUAAAAAGAAAUGUCGAAAUUUAAUGAAAUACUUUUUUUUAUGUCAGUGAAACUGUUUUUUCUUUAAAAAAUAUUUUUUUUUCAAUAAUAGAGAAAGAAAUUAAUUUAGAAAAAAAAAAUUCUUAAAAUUUAAUUAAAAAAUAAAUAAAAAGUAUUGAAAUAAAAAUUAAUUUAAUUAAAAGAAUUUGAAACAAAAAAUUCGCGUUUUUUAAGAAAACUAUAAUUUUUUGACAAAAAUUAUUAUAAAAAUUUAGUUCCUGAUUGUAUUAAUUGAUAACAUGAUUUUUUUUGGGCUAAAAUAAUACAUUUUCCUGAAUCUUUAUCUUUAAUUAAUUGAUUGUUUUUAUCUAAUGAAUUAUCAGUGAAAAUAUUAUCAAUAUAUGAUAAGGUAAUAUGGCAAUGGAAGCUAAAGCCAAUAAAUCCGUAUGCAAGGUAAAUAUUCCCUUUUUGCUUUGAUUUUCUUUUUUUUUUUUUUUUUUUUCUUCAUUAAAUCCAUUUGUUGUUUUCUCAUAGCUAUUUAAAAAGCGAAUUCCUUCACUAAACCUUCAUUAAGGUUAUAUAGAAUUGACGUCGUAAUGGAAAAUAAUUUCAUUUCAUUGAAAAAGAAAACAUGUUUACAAUGAAUAAAGUUAUUGAUAAAAUUAGUAAUUAUAAUUAUUAUAUUAUAAUAAUUUUUAUGGCUUUGAUGAACUGUAAUUGUUAUACUUUAAUAAUAAAUAAUUAAUAAUAGAGAAUAUAUUAUCAUAUAAAUUUAA